AUGCUACCUGUUUAAUUAUUGGGAUUAUUCUUUGCAGAAUUUUAUUUUUAUAGUUUUUAAGAUCAUUUAAAUUAAAACUUAACUCCUUGUUUUAAGAUAUUUUUGAAUAUUCUAGUUCAAAUUAAUUUUGUAACCUUUUAUUUCUCUUAUGUAAGAACAUUAACUAUUUCUUUAGUAAAGAAAGAAAGAGAUUAAUAUUGAAGAUGACAAAUCUUCAAGUGUAAGUAAUGAAGCAUCAUUGAUUUAUAAUCAAAAUAAUGAAAUAUCAGCAAAUUGA